GCCGACGCAGAAUGUGGCCGCCUUUGGUGUCACCACCGGAAUGAGAAGGCAAUGCUGCUUGGCUGGGUGCAGUCUCAGACACGCCGGAUAGCAUCUACCGGACGAAUCUGCGCCGCUCUCGUCUACGACCCUGUCUGGCCGGCCGCCGAUUACCGUGUAUACGCUGAGAUGACACGGCUAGCUGGUGGUCUGGCCGGUGGUGCCGUGGUUGCUGAAGCCGUCUCGGGUCAAGCCAGUGCUGCCGGAUGGGGCAGUGCAGCCGCCAACACUCAGGACGCCGGUAUGGUACCGGACGGAACGCCCUGCUCGAAUGGGGUCAGUCUCUCUGCACAGCACCACUUGACUCUGACUGGGCCACAAUGGCGCUAG